UAUAUGAAAUUUUCCAUGGAACAGUUACUCGGCUGUGGUAGCCAGCAGAACAACUACUUAGAGAAAUAGAAAUACAAUUGUAGCGAAUAAACACAGAUAGGUGUCAGUAAUGAAAGUAGGACUUAUCAGUACUUAUGUUUCAUUAAAUAAUUCUAUCUACUUUUAGUAAUAUUACAGUGUAAAAAUAGUAUCUAUAUAGACAAAGUGUUGUUUAAUUAGACUGAAAUAUUUUUCAUUUUCUCGGGCCUCCGAAAUGUCUUGGGAAACUGAUGAUGCGUUCACAAAUAAAUCGUAUUCAUUUUUUGGACCGGUGGGUAUGGUGUUGUCCGAAGAAAAUGGUUUAGACAACAAUCUCUCUGUAAAGGUGGUCUUAAGCGUGUUCCUCGGAGUGUGCAUGGUUCUGAGCAUCGUUGGAAACGUAUGCACAUGUGCAGUCAUCGCACGAGAUCGCACCAUGAGAACCAUUACUAAUUGUUACCUGUUCAACCUGGCCAUUACAGAUCUGCUUAUGGCAUUCUUCGUUCCCAUGGAAAUUUACUUGAUAUGGAUACCAGAAGUCUACCCGCUGGGCGAAGAAGGAUGUCGUCUCCACUUUAUUCUUUAUGACUGGCUGAACAACUGCAGCGUACUCACAAUUUCAGCUUUUUCCUUGGAGCGUUACUUAGUGAUAUCGAAACCUUUCCUUCGUCAAACUUUGUCAGUGAAGUCACGCGUGUACAAAAUCGUCGCAAUCAUCUGGGUUGUAUCUUUCGCUUUUUGCAUUCCGGACAUAUUUUAUAUAGACCUUGUGCAAAAGAAAAAGUUUAUUUUUUGUUAUGUAACACUACCGGGCCUAUUAAGAUAUUUAAUGGCUAUGGAUUUAUUUGUAUUCUUUGUGAUGCCAAUGACUUUUCUUUUUGUGCUGUACGUGUUGAUAGCAAUCAAACUAAAAUCAGCUCAUUUAAGACUGAAAAAUAGUCCAGUAAAUGGCAAUUUGAAUAGGGAUAAAGCUGUAAAAAUGUUAGCUGCCGUAGCCGCGUCUUUUUUCUUCUGUUGGUCGCCAUAUUGUUUACUGAGGUUUAUGAUGGUAUAUCCCAAGUUUAGUUAUGAAGAUUACUAUGAUAUCUGGAGAAUAGUGAAUUAUUUGUGUUACAAUGGCUACGUCUCAACGGUCAUAAAUCCAAUACUAUACAGUUUGAUGUCACGGAAAUUCAGACAAGCAUUCAAAGAUUUUUUCAAAGGUCAAUCUAAAACUAACAGACCACGAAUGACUUCAAUGCGAUGGAUGAAUUCUGGAGUUUAAAGAAGUUUAUUUGGUAGGGGUUUUCUACUCAAAUAAGUAUUUAAAUUAAAACAAUAUGAGUUUUUUUAAAGAUCAUGUAACGUAUAUGUCAGGUUAGACUAUUUCCGCCACAAUCAAGAACAAUGUACAAU